AUGGCCGUAUUUCCAGAGACCGGCUUGUACUUCCCUGCCUCUACUUGGCUCACAACCAUUAUCCCAGCUGCAAUUCUCCUAUACUGGACCGCAUGGCUCAUCUACACCCGCACCCUCCACCCCCUCGCCUCCAUCCCCGGCCCCUUCUGGGCCUCUCUCUCUCGAACAUGGUACAUGUACCGCAUCUACGCCGGCGACAUGCACGACGUCCAGCGCCGUCUGCACGAGCGCUACGGACCCAUUGUGCGCCUCGCUCCGGACGAGGUGUCCACCACAGAUGUCUCCGCGAUACCAAAGAUCUACCGACACCAGCGACCGCUUCGCAAGACCGAUUUCUACGCCGUCUGGGGCGGGUCGAGCAUCAGCAAGCAGCUGGACACUUUUUCGCAGCCGGAUGAGCGGCUGCAUAGCAAUUAUCGGCGUAUUGUGAAUCCAGUGUAUACGCUCAGUAAUGUGUUGAAUAGCGAGGUGUACAUCAACAAGGCAUCUGCGCUGUUCGUCAAGCGACUGGGAGAAUUUGCAGAUCGCAAAGAGACUAUUGAUCUGGGGCAAUGGCUGCAGAUGUAUGCGUUUGAUGUCAUUGGUGAGAUCUUCUUUGGCGACAUGUUUGGCUUUUUGGAGAAGAGUGAAGACCAUGGUGCCAUCAUUGCCUCGCUCGACGCCCUGAUGCCCAUCCUCUGCGUCUCAGCAAUCGCACCUACCUAUCUCCGCCCACUCAUCAUGGGCUCUGCCAUCGUCGUCCCAGCCGUGUUAAACGCCGUAAAAGGCCUGGACGGGAUCCGCAAAGCCGCCAUAACAGCGACACGCAAGCGAAUGCAGGAGAACGCAGAGGGAGUCGAGCAUCGCAACGACAUGUUACAACAGCUCUUCAACAUCGUACACGACAAGGGCGAAAAAGUAAACUUCACCUCGGACGAAGUCACACUCGAAGCCUACGUCGCCAUGUUCGCAGGCUCAGACACCACCGCCAUCGCCUUCCGCACCACCUUCUACCACCUCGCACGCAACCGCACCGCGCUCGCCAAAGCCCAAGCCGAAAUCGACACGGCCCUCGCAUCCAACCGUCUCAGCUCACCCAUCACCUACGCCGAGACAACGACAAAGCUGCCAUACACAUGCGCUUGCAUCAAGGAAGCCAUGCGUCUGCACCCCAGCGUCGGCCUCAGCAUGCAGCGUCACGCACCUGCAGAAGGCAUCCAGCUCGCCGGGAAAUUCAUCCCGGCUGGCUACCGCCUGAGCGAUGGCUCGUCAGUGACGAGGCGUGCAAGGCAAUGGAGAGGCAUUUACUCCUUUUUGGGGCCGGGACGCGGACGUGUAUUGGCAAGAAUGUAA